AACGGUUUCGGGCGGUUGGCGCGGGUUUGUGGCGGGUUAAGGGUUGAGUGAAAGUGUGACACCAUGAAUGGGGAGAAAGAGUGCAGUUUAAGUUGCAGUUGAAGUUAAUGAAAUGUGACCAUCAGCGGCGAGGAGUAGUAGCCGGCAGAAAAGGAUUAGGUUUUUUUUGUUGUGUGGAGUGCACUCUAGCGGGGAAUCCAUUAACUAUGGAUGCACUUGUGACGGAUGGUUUCGCUGGAGUUUAUGAUCGAUUCGUGAGGAAUAGCAGCGAAUUUUGUGAUGAUAGUGCUGAAAACCUUAACGAGUAUUCGUUGAAGCUGUGCACCGAUAGUGAUGGCAGGUUUCUCCGCGUAGGCAGCAACAAUGAAUCGUACCCGGGGAGCAUCCCAGACCAAAUGUCCGCCUCCAUGGAGUGGGCCUACAUGGUGGCGGAUUUCCUCACCUUUUACUACACCCCAAUCCUCGUGAUCGUGGGCAGCAUCGGGAACAUCCUGUCCGCACUGGUGUUUUUCAACACGAAGCUCAAGAAGCUGUCCUCGUCGUACUACCUGGCCGCCCUCGGAAUAAGUGACACGUGCUUCCUGAUCGGCCUGUUCGUCACGUGGCUAAGCUUCUUCGGGAUUCACAUCUACACCCGGGAAGUGUUCUGCCAGCUGUUUACCUUUUCCAGCGGCCUAAGCAGCUUCCUCUCGGUUUGGUACGUAGUGGCGUUCACCUUUGAGCGGUUUAUCGUGGUGUUGUACCCGUUGAAGCGGCAAAGCUGGUGCACCGUGCGGAGGGCCAAGCUGGUCAUCGUGGCGUUGACGGUGCUCGGGGCGCUGCACAGUGCGCCGUACAUUGUGUUCGCAGGGCCGCAGUUCUCCGAGCGGAGCAACGCCACCAUCUGUGAUGUGCGGGAAGAGUAUAAGCCCGAGAUGAUAAUUUUCAACUACAUCGACACGGUGAUAGUGUUCGUGGUGCCAUUCACGAUAAUCCUGGUGCUGAACUCCAUCACGAGCUUUACGGUUUGGCGCGUGGCCGGCCUGAGGCGUAGCAUGACGCUGAUUCGACGAAAACCGUCCAGUUUUGAAAUUCGUCGGCAGCUCAGCAUGCAACGGGGCUGCGCCCACCCGAAUGGACGGAACAAUAUUUUCAAGCAGCAACUGCAGCAGCAGCAGCAGCAGCAGAGACCGGCAAUCGGCCGGAUGGUGAACCUGCAGAUGAAGGUGACCAAAAUGCUGCUGAUCGUGUCGUCCGUCUUCGUUUGCCUGAAUCUGCCGAGCUAUCUAAUGCGCGUUCGUGCGUUCAUCGAGACGGAACCGUCUAACCUGACCGUGCUGGUCCAGUACUAUUGCUACCUGUUUUUCAUCACCAACUUUGGCAUCAACUUUGUGCUGUACUGCAUCAGUGGACAAAACUUCAGAAAAGCUGUGAUAGAGAUGUUUAAUCGUACCCGGCAGAGUCGACUGUACCAGGAGCCGUUCAGCGGCGGAACACAAACAGAGAUUUUCCGCAGCUCCGGUUCGCUGAUGGCCCUGAAGCGAUGCAACACGAUGACGAACCGUCCCACGCUCGCACCACCACCGAGCAGCAGCUCCUGGGGGAGGGAGUUUUGCGACUAUCCGACGUUGAGCCGCCCCUGACGUCGUCGCUACCAACAGGGCCAAGCCAGCUGCUGGCGGAGCCGAUCGAUGAUGGGCCACGGCUCACAACAGCACACCAGCAACCAGAGACAGACUCAGCUGCUUCUGCCAUCGUCCCGGAGUCCCGGGGGAAGUGGCGGCCAGUCGGCGUCCUCGUCGAUGGUGGUGAUGGCCCAGGAAGAGCAGGACUCGGUUUAGGGAGGGACUUUUUGUUUUGUUUUAUUUGUUCCAUUUUCCAACAAAACAAAGACGGUUUCAACGAAGACUUUGUGAACUUCCUAGUAAACAUUCUUCCAUACGUUUUCGCUUCGAUUGCAAAUCUAUUUUCCAGAGCACAAAAAGUUCACAUGUACACGUAGGAAAACACAGCUUCUUAAAGUUUUACUCACAGACAAAUAGACGU